AUGCAGGGUUGGCUCCGAACACUGAGCCUAACGGCUUUGCUGGCGGGCGCCGUGGUGGCCAACGAAGUGCAAAUUAAAUCCGACGAGGCGCAUCGUCAACAAUGCUCAGGCAUGUACGGUCGAAAGAGCUGGGGUGGAAAUGUCGACCCCUUUAUCUUGGUCAAGUUUGCCAAAGCAGAGAACCAGGAAGGAGACCCUCUCGCCAGCCUGGUGAUCUUCGAGUGGAAAGAUGAAGAAUUGAUUGGCCGAUAUCGCACUACCGAUGAUGAGAUCAAGGAAACAAUUUGUGACGAAUCGGCCGUGGAUGCGAAGCUGUGUACGAAAGAUGAGGUCGGAUCCUUUAUACUCACCAACAACGCUACGGAUAGCUCUCAAAGCCCGAUUAUCUCCAAAGCCAUUCACCUGAACAGUCCCGACGUCAUCAAGUAUCCGGUGCCCAAGACCGGCUUCUACUGCGUGAGCACCUACGCGUAUUCAAAUGUGGAUUAUAAUGCGGUCAUCACCUUUCGCAACUCCUAUGGUGAACUACCCGCGGCGCAAAUCGCUAAGCUCCCCUUCUAUGGGGCUUUGACUAUUGUUUACGCUGUGGUGGGAAUAUUCUGGGCUUUCCUAUAUGUUCAAAAUCGCCAUGAUAUCCUGCCGGUCCAGAACUACAUCACCGCGAUCCUGGUUUUCUUGAUUGUCGAACAGCUGAUGACCUGGGGCUUCUAUGACUAUCAAAAUCGACAUGGGUUGAAUACAAUGGGUAAAGCAUUGAUGGUCAUCGUUGCGAUCCUCAAUGCUGGCCGCAAUGCCUUUUCGUUCUUCCUGCUUCUCAUUGUCUGCAUGGGUUAUGGUGUGGUGAAACCAUCCUUGGGUCGCACCAUGAUCUAUGUCCGCAUCUUGGCCAUCGGUCACUUCAUCUUCGCCAUGGGAUACUCGGUCGCCAGUCUGUCCAUCACGCCAGAGACUGCUGGACCCCUUGUCCUUCUCAUCGUUCUACCUCUCGCUGGUACUCUGACGGCCUUCUAUGUGUGGACAUUGAACUCAUUGAAUGCCACGAUGAAGGACCUCAUCGACCGAAAGCAGAAGACGAAGGCCCUGAUGUACAAGAAGCUUUGGUGGUGCAUUCUUGGCAGCAUCAUUGUCAUCUUCGGCUUUUUCUUCAUCAACUCCUUCGACUUUGCUGGUCAUAGCGACGCUGACUUUGUGCCUGAUCACUGGAAGACUCGAUGGUUUGUUCUGGACGGUUGGCUGAACUUGGUGUACUUCUUCGACAUUGCGUUCAUCGCCUACCUCUGGCGCCCCACGGCGAACAAUCGACGCUUUGCUAUGAGUGAUGAGCUUGCCCAAGAUGAUGACGGAUUCGAAAUCCGAUCCUUCGGUAGUGGUCUGGACGAGGAAGAUCCUGCCGAGGCGCCUCCGGAAUACCCUGGCAGCUCGUCUGCCGCCGGACACCGCGACCUCUCUCCGGUGCCUCCCAAGCCCGUCUCGGCCUCAAAUCAUCGUGCAUCUCUUGAUGACGAGACCAUCUUUGCAGUCGGCGAAGACGGCGACAAGUGGUCUGACGAUGAUGAGUCGCCCCGCAACUCCGGCGAGCGGCAAAGACUGACCCGCUAA